AUGUCUAGAGAAAAAAGAAGAUAUUACAGUGAUGAUAACGGUAAGUUAUUGCUACAUAAUCUAUUUAAUUGCACUAUAGAACAAGAAAUGGUAAGGUGGUAAGACAUGUCUUGAUCUGCCUAUUGCAAUUCGCGCACAUGCACGCGACCUUCAAGUCUCCUAAUUCGACCUAAUUGUCUAAUCUAGCUGAGGGAAGGGCUCGAAAGCGGAGGAGAACCUCAGACGCAGUGGAUAUUGAGGACCGUCUGGAAUCUCUCAUCACGCGCGUUGGAGAAAAGGUAAACUACAGCGUAAAUUAAGGCUUCACAGCUAAACUUCAGAAAUAUUUACCCGGCCACUUAUUUCAGCUGUAUUGUUUCACCUCAUUUGCAUCGAGUGGUGUUAUCGUGCGAUUUUUAAUGCCAGUUUCGACAAUGCAAGUCAAGUCAAGUCAAGUCAAUUUUUAUUUAUAUUCACACAGACUAAAAAUUAAUACAAAUUAGUGCUUUAAAAUGUAAAAUCGAGAGAUUGUGAAGGAAAAGAAAUUUUCAAUUGUAGGUUCAUUGUGAAGAGUUUGGGACACCUAAAUAGUUCGUGGAACUAACCGAGUAGGUGACCCAAACAAGAAUAUGAGUAGAAGGGAUGUAGAUACAAAAUAGUUGUUUUAGAUAAAAAGUAUUACUUCAUUAAUUAAAUAGUAGUUAAAGAUAAUAUAAUCAUAAAACAUUAAAAAUCAAUAAUAGUGUUAUAACCAUCAAUCACAGAGUUCUUGAUAUAUCGACAAAAACUGGAAAACUGCUUGAUUUUCUUAACAUCAAUUGUCAAAGAAUUCCAAAGUUUUGGACCACUGUAACUGAGAGAACAAACGCCGAAUGCAAGUGGCUGGGUUUUUUGAAGUUGCUCUUCUCGCACUGCACAUGUACAUACUUCAUGUGUAUAACUAAAAAGAUGUUAUCGCAAAAGUAUUGCCAAGCUAAAAAGGGUCAGCAGUGAGAAUAAACAGAAACAAGCCAGAGGUUAAAAAUACGAUGAAAGGACAAAAACUGAAAAUUUAAUUAAAAAAUGCACUUUUCCCUGCCAGGAUUUGAACGUGCACCCCAACCUCCUUGUAGCAAGAGUAGAGAGUGAGUUACUCAAAACUAAACAAAGGCUGUUCUGGUUUGAUGAGUCUCGCAGGAACCGAGUAUCAAGGGUCAAGGCACAACAAUCAAGAAUCUAGUCUUGAUUCUCAACUCAAUACUCAAUUCUUGCGAAUUGACUGAGCCAUUAACCCUUAGUGACGGCCACUGGGUAGCAACAAAACCUGCAUUUUUUAUCAAUUCCUCUUCUUUGGAUUGGUUUUCAGCUAAUUAGCAUAGGAAUGGUGUAAUGGUAUUUCAGAUGUAAUCUUGCAGCUCUUUAGUUUUUUGCGUGUGUACACAAGCCAAUUAAUUUGGACUUGUUUUUUUUUUGCAAAUCUAUUUGGAUCUUUCUCUCUCUCUGUCUCUUAAUUUUCCUUUGCCUUUUUUCUUUGUAAGCAGUCUUGUUGCCCACCUUAUCGUCUUUCUUUGCAUGGAAUUUUGACUGGCUAACAUUUUAGGAAAAGAACAGUUUUAAUCUUCAAAGAGUAGUAAAAGAGUAGUUAAACAGUGAAAUUGGCGGUGGAUUUUUCCCUCAAAUGUUACUUUUUUUUUUCAGUGUAACUCUGUUACGACUUGUCAAAAUGAGGUAUCGGUGGAAAGAUCUAUCUUAGCUAACAUUGUUGUUUACCAACUUAUUAGCGUAAACUGAAAGCUAAAUUGGUCCAGGAAGGAAAAUUAAUAUUUGUCAGUGGUGGAUCCAGGGGAGGGGCCCAGGGGGCCCAGGUCCCCCCUUUAUGUUUAGACCAAGCUGGGGCCCGAAAAUUUUGUUUUGAGACCACCACGCUCCCCCCUUACAUGAAGGUCUGGAUCCACCACUGUUGAUCGUUCCAUAUGGAACAAAAACAACCAAACCAGUCGUCAAAGGGUUAACAUUACACAUGGCAGUUCCUUCUUUUUCAAUUUACAAACCUGUUUCAUGCUAAAUUUAAAAAAUUUGUUAAAAUUUCCAAAUGCCCAAUAUUAUGCUGCAAAAUCCAACAGCAAAGGGUUAACUUUCAUUUUGACUCCCUAGCCACGCAGUCAUGUCCCCAUCAGCAAAGCUAACCAGCUUUUUGUUUCCCUGAUUAAACCGUAAAAUGCUGGUCGAGAUGCUGGUACAAAGCAACUAUGACACAAUGAUCAUGAAAUCGUCUGGGUAACCAUGUCACGUUGCCCAAUGAGGAUUUAACUAAAAUGGUCUAACUCAACAAACAUUUUGCUUCUCUUAUUUCUGGUAGAGCUGACAGGAAUUCAAGGCCACUUCACUUGUUUGCCAUUGUUUGACUUAGUCAUUGCUGAUCAUCAUUUCAAACUAACAACUGUUAUGUGACAGAUAGACCCUGAAUUUCUAUCAACUUUAUCAGAAAUACAUGAAAGGGGAAGUCAAAGGGAAGCAGAUAACAAGAUACUUUUUAUCGAAAUACCGCGAAAUUCAGUAGAAAUCCUAUCAAAUACAUGUCUGUACAACAUACGUGAAACUUUUCUCAUCUAUUGGGGCUAUUUACUUGCUGUAAACUUGUUAAUUUAUCUUGAAACUUGGUCACUGAAACGUGCAAACAACGUCCCGAAACUACCAGGCGUAGAUUAUGUUGCGAAAAACUGGGCACUAGCCAUGAUGUCAAAGGCUUUGCUAUUGGUUCAGUUCUGGAGCGUAUUGUUGUUGAAAGAGCAAAUGAUGACUGCUGUUAGAAAAACAUUAAAAACGCUGGUCUGGUCAGCACAAAACCAAUCGAUCUCUAACGAAGUUUUCCCUGAAAAUAACCACAAAAUCUGCUUUUUUUGACCGAUUGAUUUUCGGCUAAGUUUGCCCCGAAAAUUCCUGCGAAAUUGGUUGAUUUUUCUGCGAAUUUGCCCCUAAAAAUCCCAUGAAAUUUGACUUUUUUUCCGCAACCUGUCAGAAGCCCUGCAUAGUAUGGUGUGAUCCAUCAGAUUUGAAAAUAUCGUGGAAGGAAGUUGGUAUAAAUUUGGAGGUAAACUGGCUUUGUUUAUGCGAUUUGGCACAUUUUUUUCUAUGAUGAAAGCAAAGCAGGAUAAGAUGCAGGGUUUGAGCCAGGCCAUGCCAUUGCGCCAAUCCCGCACUGCAAUUGGAAUUGUCCCUUUAAAAAACGGCUAAGGGGACCUUCAAAAUUUAGGGAAAAAACUCAAAAGGAAGCACACACGAAGAGAGUUAUUGCAGUACAGAAGUUGCAAGCUGAAACAGAACGUGGAAAGUUUAUUUUAUCGCACCUUUAAAGUUCAUUCCAAAGUUACGUUUCAGUCACGCUCUACUGCUAUUUUUGUCGGAAAUCUAAGACAGGGCAUCUGAUUUUUCCCGCGGUCGCGGAGCCGCGAAAUUCACAAAAACACGAAAAAUACCGCAAAAUUUGGUAGAAAUCUUAUCAAAUACAUGUCUGUACAACAUAUUUGAAACUUAUUUCAGCUAUAGGGGCUAUUUACUUGCCGUAAACUUACAAAUUUAUCUUGGAACUUUGUCACUGAAAUGUGCAAACAGAUUAGGUUGCGAAAAACUGGGCACUAGCCAUCAUGUUAAAGGCUUUGCCAUUGGUUCAUUUCUGGAGCGUAUUGUUGUUGAAAGAGCAAAUGAUGGCCUCUGUUAGAAAAACGUUAAAAAGGCUGGUCUGAUCAGCGCAAAACCGAUCGAUUUCUAGCGAAAUUUGCCUUGAAAAUAACCACAAAAUCGACCGUUUUUUACUGAUCGCUUUUCGGUGAAGUUUGCCCCAAAACUCCCGCGAAAUCGGUCGAUUUUUCCGUGAAUUUGUCCCUAAAAAUCCCACAAAUUUGACUUUUUCGUCCGAGACCUAUCAGAAGCCCUGCUAAGAAGGAAGGGUGUACAAAUUUCCCCCUAAAAAUGAAAAUGUCCCCCAAAAUUUUAGCCAAGGGGACAAAUUGUCCCCCAGUGAUCAAAUCCUAGCUCAAACCCUGAAGAUAAAAUGUUUGUUUUAACUUUAUGCUCCUAUCAAUGUAAUGUUGGGGGGGGGGAGGGGGCAGGGCAGGGGGUGGGGAUUUGACUUUUUCCAAAAAUUUGCAAUCAAAUUCCCUGCCCACGGGCAAAUCAUUCCAGUCAAAUGCAACCAAAUUUCCCCACCCCAGGCUGCACAUUGCUGUCAAUCCCAAGGCAGAACCCAAGAAAGGCACAAUAAAAAUAUAUCUCUAUAAUCUUUUAUAAACGUUGCUGCAUCACCAAAGAUACAUGUUCCUUUUACAGCUGCAAUUAUACGUUUUAACCAUAAUCCGUGUUACACUGGGUAGAAUACAUAAACCUUUACAGAAAGUCCACAUUUUGUUAGCUUAAAUAUACCGUUCUUAGUAAAGGGUACAAAGAAAGUCAGUUUUUAUAAGUUUACAGUGAUUGUAGCGAAUGAGCCAUACACUAAUCAAUUGCACUUGCAAAAAUCGACUUGGUUUCUCUUUACUUCCGUUUACUUUGAUACCACAGUAUUUUACGAGGUUCAAUUGAUCAAAAACGCGCUAAAACAAACGAAAUUUGAAGACAAAACAGUGAAAUCUACUCAGCCUAAUGACUUGCUGAUCUUUUCAAACCGUACGGCACAUGCGUGAAGCGUGGAAGCAGGAAACAUAUGUUCGGUCUCAGUCUUUUUCGUCCGAGUCGGCGGUCAAAUAUCUCUACGUCGGGCGAAGAAAGAUUCAAAUAUCCCCUCCCCUGGGAGAACAAGAUCAGUCAAAUACCCUACCCCAGGGCCGACAAAGACGAUCAAUUCCCCACCCCAUGCACUGCUUGCUCCCUGGCCGGCUUUACAUUGAUAGCUGCAUUACUCUUUUAAUUUAAAUCUAAAUCAUAGAGAAAUCUGGUCGCCACUUUGGCAACUAAACUAUAAUUUUUAGUCGCCAAGGAGAAAAUGUUAAUCGCAUUGGCAACCGUAUCAGUGGCAAUUUCGAGCCCUGUGUGCCAGUUGCUUAUUCCUUUAAAUGAAAUUAUUUUGAUUAAGUUGUAUCUGUCAGUUUACCUUGAUGUGCAAGCUUACGAUUUUUUUUUCCAAAUGGCGGGUAGCCAUCUUCACGGCCAUAAUGUUGAUAGAAUUGCCAUUUCAGCGUCAAUACGAUCGUGAACACAUCAAACUUUCAACCACGAAAUUAAGGGAAAACGAAAAGGAGAAUAAAAACUCUAGAUUCUGAAAUCGUUACAUUGUAUACCUUCUACUUCUUGAAGCGAAACUUUCACUGUUGUACUGUUUUUCGAUCGACUGAAGCUUCAAAAAUGAUCUACCAGAUCAAUAAGUGGCAAUUUUCGUACUGAGUUGGAAAUUAACCGCUUGGAAAGUGAUUGUUAUUGUCCAACCCCCUUCCCCUCUGGAAUUUCCUGGACCUCUGAUCCCCUCACCUCCCUCUGUGUUGCGGUGUGGAUAUUUUCUGGAACCACACAAUGUAUACAGUGUAUAUUUUUUUUAACAAAGUGAUGGUUUCCAACCAAAAAAUGGCACAACUGUCUUACAUUUGUCAUGAGAUAUAGAUAUUGAGGGUCUGGAUGGGUCUUUCAGUACUGCACUUGAAUUUUUGACAGAUAAAUUUGGAAGUAGUAAAUGCUCAAAUUUAUGUGAGAUGAAAACUUCCAUUUUCGGUGUUUUGGCAUUGAACCCUGGAAAAUGUACAUUGAUAUUGAGUAAAUCCUACGUGUGUGGUUAUUGAACUGUUGUGUGUCUAUUGAGCUAUUGAUGGCAAACAUUUACCGUAUUUUAGAAGAAACAGAUGUCACAAUGUAAAACACUUUAAUAUACUUUUUAUUUCACAUUGUAUCAUUGAAUUAAAAGAAUUAUGAACUUAUGCAGCAAUCUUCUUUUCUUCCAUUCUUGUCACUUCCCUCCUCUCUCUCCCUGCAGGCUUCUCUUCUUGUGCCAUCCCACUGGAGUUUGGUUCCUUUCUUCUUUUCUCCCCCACUAAGUUUUUCAUUAAAAUGCCUAAAAUUUAAUAUAUUAAAAAACAAAAAUCAUUUAAACUAGGUAGAAAAUUAACCAUGUUAAUAGGAAGUACAAAUGUGGCUCAUGAUUAAAACCAUUUGUGUAGCAGAAAAAAAUAUUUAGAUCUAGAGAGUGAAAUAACAUGACUAAUUUAACAUGAUAGGUUUUUACCUGAUUAAGGAUGCGUAGGCAUAUCACAUCAAAAUAUGCAUUAAAAGAAUUUACAAGGGCACCUGUUACAUAGACUUUUAAUAAUAUUAUUACGGUACCGCUCAGAAGUAAGUUGACAGUCACUCCUGUUAAUAGUCCUUUUGAAACUUGCUUUUUAGAAGUGAAGGCAAGAUACAUAUAUGUAAUAGCUUUCAAAAAGUAAACAACAACGAAAUAACUCGUACUAGUAACGACUGUAUUAAUAUUGCUCAUGCACAGUAUACAGCUGUAAUUCAAGGUUUAUUUUACUUACUUGCAAGGCGGUUCUACAUUCUUCUUGAUGUUCUUCUCUUUCUCUAUCUAUCUAUAACUGCUUACCAAACCUAUUCCUUAGCAGCUCGCUAUUUAUUUACUUGCGUGGCUAAUAUGUUUGCCUUAAGGAUUAAAUCAGAGCUAAAAGCUUCCUACUCUUAAAAGCUAGUGUCAACAUACAAUUAAUGAGUUUCCUAAGUUAAAUUAUUACUGUGUCUAUUUUAAGGGUAAAUUAGUGCUGAGGGACAUCAUGUUUGGAGACAAGAUGUCUCACUCUUUAAAAGCACUAUGUUAAUAUUUAUGUUUCUGCAUGAAAAGCCUAUUAGUAAAUUGGGUUUACAUCAUGUUGUAUUUUUAAAGGUAAACACUUAGAAUUUUCUAGAACCUUAAAGGCCUAUUGAUCGGAUAUUAAAAUAUAUCGAACUUUUAUUAACUUUCCAUAUAUCUUUAAAAUCGAGGAGAUUAGUCCUGUGGCACAGAUGUUACAUUUACCUAGUUUUGUAAAAAAAAACCUAGAAAAAUGUUUGGCUAGUAAUUUGGCCUAGUGAAAAUGGCAGCCAUUGUAAUACACUUUGAUCACGUCCAAAACAGGAAAUCGUCACUUUUCAAAAUUUAUUCAGGGUGGGGAAAUGUAUUUGCAACAUCUCGCAGUUCUUCUUGAAUAGUUUUGGACUGCAUUCUAUUCGUUAUCGCACUUGGUUCCUGCUGUAUUACCAUUGGUGACUUGACAAGGGACUGUCUCAUGUUUUUAAAGGGCAGACAGGUUUCGAGAUUUAGGUGCUUCGUUUUUGAGAUUUGGUUGCUUUCUGCUUCAGUCUUCAUUUUUGAGUGCUUCGUUUUCAAAACUACCAUGAAUUUAGGUACUGAGCUUGGGCUACCUCUUGAUGUUACUAAUAUUACCCAUAGGGCAAGGGGGUGUACUUCCCUAGAACCUUACAGGUAUAUUGAAAAUGUAUCUUCCUCAUGACAGGGUCAGGAUUUUAUAUAAAUAAAUAGGUAAGUAAUUAAGUACAUUUUAGGUAAAUAAUUGAUGAAUAGUAAUACACAGACACAAACACAUCACUUGUGUUUUCUUUCAUCAAUAUUUUAGAGUACAUCAUCACUAGAAAGCAAUUUGGAAGGCCUUGCUAGUGUGCUGGAAGCUGAUUUGCCUAACUACAAAGAACGUAUACUGAAGAUUAUUUGCACUUGGUAAGGAUAAAACCAUGUGCCUAUACUGUACAUAAUGUACCUACCAACUCAAUUUUGCAACCACAUUGCAGAAGGGUUUUCGAACAAUAAUAUUGUUACACAAUGUAUAUUCAUGAUGCCUGCUUUUUGAGCUAUUUUGAAAAGAUACCUCAUUGUGUCAGUGGUUUGAGCGUAUGUAUCUUUGUGGUUUUGUGUGUUCAGAUUUCUGUUACAGGAGCCAAUGAGGUUGAAGGUACUAUGAGUCGAUGCAUAGGAACCAAUGAGAUUUUGGCAUCUAACAUCACAUUCACUCGGCUCAAGGUCAAACAAGGGCCCUUUGAGACUGCGGUCUUGAUUCUUCACAAUUUUUUCGUCUUUUGUUACAGCUAAAGGUGUUUAGAAGCAUAACAUUGAAAUAUCAUUAUGAUUUGAACGCUGAGUACAGUGAUGUAGCUGUGUGAGGGCCCAUAUUUUAGUGUGGGUGCUGCUUCAAGACAUUUCUGACCUAAUUCGGCUACUGCAAAUUGUACAGUGCACAUAUUUUGUAAUUUUUUAGUUCUGUUUCAUCUGCUUCAUUAGUGUACAGCGAUACCCAAUUUUGCACACAACAUAGUCCUUGUUUAGGAUUAAAACAGUAGAUUGUUGAGACAGUUACAUUAAAGCAUUCAAAAUAGCUGAUGCAUGGUAAAUGUGCCUAUGUUCUGAUAAUUGAGUGUGGAACCCUCUCUCCACAAAGGGCACAAACUGUUCCUUGUCAACUAUAUUCCUCCGGACAAUCAUACUCAACCUACUUAUGUUUUUUAUAUUAUUCUUGCUUGAAUCUAUGGAUGAUACAAUAACAUGUUUGAAUCGUAUUUGUUCAUCACAUUGCUGAUCAUUGCUUUCUUCUGCACACAUUUUUUAAAUCUGUCAGUUUUAAAUUUGUUUUUACUUCGUCGGAGUGCGAAGUGAAGGAUUUGCGACACUCAGGAAUGUAUCAAAGUUGACCUUUUUUGACAAGAUUGGGCAUGCAAAGUCUGUAGGUUUUCGAUUUUAUCCGGCUAUUUGACGAGGUGAGAGCUGAAUUAGUUUGCAAUAUCUCGAGAUCACUUCAAUUUCUUUGAUUUAUUCUUUAACUUUUUCGAGGAAGAAAGAAUUAUUAUUUUGGCUUUCCCGGGCAUCUAACCGACUCACCUGUGUGACCAGUCAGAUCAGAGGAGUAAGUUGAGGAAUUAGCCGAUUGCGCUUCUGCGACCCAAGGUAGUUCGGGCUGUGAAAAAUAGUUAUGAAAUGAUGCAUUAGUUUCAGGACAAGAUUGGGCGUGUAAAAUAUAAGUUCAUGACUUUUCGGCUUAUUUCGGCUAUUUCACGAAAUGAGACCGGACUACUUCGUGAUAUGUUGAGAUCCCUUUGACUUUAGCUUUUAAUUUACUCGAGGAAUAAAUAGAGGAUAUUACGUGGCCGUGCAGAGACACGCAAUUUCUCUUCAAGUAUUCAAAAACAUUUCACGAGUGAGCCCUCCUUUCGAACUGUUUUAUGAUGAAUUUAAAGUUACAAAAUGCUGUACAAAGACAUUUUGUUAUUAGAGGCUUUUUAAUUUUUCUUAAGUUCAAGUCAAGUUUGUGUUGGCAGAUGCAGUGUUUUAAAGCUCUAUAAAGGCUAUUUUCCUUUGUUAUUAAACUUCCUUGUGUUAAUCUGACAUCCCUGCUUGCUGAUAGUCAGUGAAUAAUUAUCCUUAAAACAUUCAAACUUGUAACAUUGAGUUUUAGGCAAUUCCAUUCUCAACGUAAUUGACUCCUUACCCAUGCCUUACAUAUCUUUAAUCAGUACAUGAGACUGCUAUGCUUUUUUUGAAGCCUGAUGUGACUAAGAAAAACAGAGAAUUAUUUUUUCACUGUUUGUUUUCUUAGUAUAGGUAAUAGCAUGAUUUGUAGUGAUAUUUGGCAUGAGUGAUAUUUCGAAAUUGUUAUGCGUAAUUUCACAAGCCGUUAGGCAAGUGAAAUUUGAGACAAUUUUGAAAUAUCACAAGUGGUAUUUAUGCCAAAUAUCACAUACAUAUCAUGCUAUUAUUUGUUUAUACUACUACCCGCAAAAGGUUUGUAAUUUUCACUUGUAGGUAUUUCAAAUUAAGCUGAAAUACCACUGCCCUAAGCCAAUCAGAUUGCAGAAAUUUCUCAUGCAGUAGUAUAAGACUUGUUAUUCACCGCCAGUAACCUCAUAUUUGACUUAGGUCUAAACAUUUAGACCCACGUCAAAUUUAGAAGGAUUUGUAUGGAGUCAUCAGAGCAUAACUGGGCUAAUAUCUCAGAGACAAUUUGUCCUGAAAUGCUAGUUUUUGGCAAGUAGGCCUCUUGGAUGUUGCUCUUUUUCAGAAUAUCCUGACAAAUUCCAUAAUUUCACAAAUUAACACCUUACUCUUACCAUAUUUCAUUUAUUACUAUUCCUCCGCAUUAAUCACUUCCACAACCACGACGCCAAAAUGUACACUCUGUAGCGUCUUGUUCCUUUUAAAAUUUGCUCUUCUUUUCUACAUUUUCUUCACUCUUUGUAGGCUUUGUCACAUUUGUCAGUAAUUUUCAUGUGUUUGCAACUAUUUUUUUUUUCUUGUGCACUGACAGGUUGUACGUAGUUAUUAAUAAUAGAGUACAGGACCCCUAUAGGUAGCAAUAGCCAGCAAAAUGGUUUAUUAGGAUUGUUUUUCAAUGUGAGCCAUUAAAAUGAUUGAGAAAGCAACCACCAUUUGCUCAUCCCAAUCUUGCGUGUACGUGUAAAGCUAGUGUUUGUUACUGAAUUUGACAAAAUCCUUUAUGACUAUAAAGAUCCGUGGAAUCAGGUCUCUCAGAAAUGUUAAGUUCUGUAGGCAUAGGUAAUUUUGACUCAUAAUAUUUUAUUAUAUAAUACUCUUUAUGGACAGACAGUCUUGAUUCCCUUUUUCUGGGAUUUGUUGGUCUACGUAGAGAGAACACUUGCCUUAUAUAGCUAAUAUUUCAAGGAUUAUUAACACUUGUCACUAUUAUGAUGGGAGAUUCAUGCGGUUAUCAGUUUAGAUUUAGAUAUUGCCUUGUCUGGAAGUGGGAUGUUUUCAAUGAAGGUCAUUAAUGUAAGUCUCUUGUUUCAGCACAAUUGGCUGUAAUAGUGAACCAACAAAACUGUAGAAAUGUGUUCUGUUGGACUGCAGCAACCAGGAGCAAUAAUAUUUAAUUGAUCUGCUGACAGGGUGGUGUGAUCUGCUUUCCUGCAUAUUACUUUUUUAAUACAACUGUAAUGGUUGCUGUUGUUGUUUUCAUUUGACCUUGGGUCUAGGUUUUGUCCUUGCUCCAGUUUACUGUAGUAUACUGUAUUUCAUGUAGUCUAUGUUUUCUUUUACAGUGCUGCAAAUUUACCAGAGAAAAUAACUGUUUAUAGCACAUUGGUAGGCCUUUUAAAUGCAAAGAAUUACAGCUGUGGAGAGGAGGUAAUAACAAAUUUUCACUUGUUUACCUUCUUAAUUAGAUAUUAUAAUUUUUACUGAGCUUAGAUAACUAUCUCAAUUAUCAGUCCGGAAUAUCCCUAAAUUUAAGGACAGGGCCAACUGGUCACGCGACACUUUUCAACCAAUGAGAAGGCGCGCUUGUGUUUAUCAACAAACAAAUCAAAACAUCGCCCCAGUGCUCAAAAAUUUUCAAAACAACGGACGGAGUCGACGGACAGAAUUAAAGAUGAGCUUACAGUACUCGUCUAGGUUUCACAUUUAACAUUUCAAAGAAAACAUUUCAUGUAAGAGAAUAAGAGCAUUAUUCAUUGCAAGGAAUCAUUGGGGUGUUUGAACUGAAACCGGACUGAGCGCAGAGGUCGUGGCUUCACUGGCAUGGCUUGCAAGAUUUUUGAUAGAAGCAAACUGGUCCGGUGUAAAAAUAGCCUUAGAGAGAGUGUGAAAAUUUGUUGAGAUCGUACAAAACAAGAUUGGUACUACCUAUUAACUUCUACAGGACAAGAAUCAAAGAACCAGUCAUCAUAACAAGAAUAAAAAGUAGUUCAAAUUUAUUAAUUUUUCUUGUUUGUUUUUUUGUGUUGUUUCGUGUUGACUUCACGCAUCUGCUGCUUUCUUUGCUUGCUGUAGUACCUGCAAUGUUUUAAUUUUAUCUCAGAUAAUCAGUGCAUGUUCAAUGAGUAGUGAAAUACAUUCUUUCUUUGAUUGUUUUUUAACGGUGAUGAACAUUUGGAGAAUCCAACAACAUUAAAUCUUUCCAGAUUUGGUGAAUUUCAAAAACAAAGCGGUUAGUAUCUACCUUGCGCUUAUGAUCUUCAAUUUCAUUCCCGCAAAUUCGGCAAGUGAGGUGAGAUGUUGGACGUGAAUAUCCAUAAGACUAAUAAAGUUGUUUUGGCCUUGAAAAGAAAAAAGGCAAAGGCUCGUACUAAUGCGAAAAAAAAGUAAUAACGUAAUAACACUGCUCUGUUAGAAACCUGGGAGGGGAAAACGUACGUGUUUUGGACCUCGGAAUUCAAAAAUUGUUUACCAAAAGUCUAGGUUGUCUACCAUCCCCACAUUCAACAUGAUAAAAGCUAAUCCAAGUGACAAUCGAGGAAAAAUGUCUAGAACUUCGCAAAAAAUCUGUGAAUCGAAAAAAUAAUAGAUACCACCUACCUUGAAAAUCGACCAAAAUCUCGCCUAUGCAUCGCGUUGUUUAAAAGAAGAAAUAAGCCACAAAAUGUGCUGAAUAUUUCUCGAGACUCUUCCAAUAUGGCUUGCGAUACGCUGUCCACUUAACAAAAUUGUGUAUGCCUCAUGAAAAGUCUUGAAAAUAUGCCUGAGAGCCUCGAAACGAUGACUGAUUCUGUCCGACUCCGUCCGUUGUUUUGAAAAUUUUGGAUCACUGGGGCGAUGUUUUGAUUUGUUUGUUGAUAAACACAAGCGCGCCUUCUCAUUGGCUGAAAAGUGUCGUGCGACCAGUUGGCCCUGUCCUUAAAUUUAGGGAUAUUCCGUACUGAUUAUCUAAGGCAACUAGAUUAACAGGCCAUACCUAUACUCUUUUAUUGACCACCUUACCUAUGUCAAAUGUACACAGGGUUGUCAGAAAGUUUUGAAGUAGAUGUCUGAGUUGUCAAAGUAAGCAGCCAGUCUAGGGAUAUUUUAUUUAAAAAAUGCCAUCCAUAAAGAAAUGCCAAGCAGAUCAGAGAGUAGCCAACCAAUACUAACGGUCAAGUAGGCAGCAAUUUUCGCGGGCAGCCGGCUACUUUCGAUAACCCUGUGUACAUAGAUGUUUUUUGCACUUCAACAAUGACGUCCAUCAGCAACAUUGGGCAAUCAUUAACUUUAAACUCUGAAUACAAUAAUGUUGUUGAUGAAAGCAUGACUAAAAUUAUUUUUUACAGUUUCUAUAGAAACGGAAACACAGUGCUAGUCUGUAAUGUCUGCAAUGUCAGUAAGUAAGACAAAAGAUAAUUUUGAAGGCCGAGCGUGCCCAACACUGUGUGAUUCCAUUUUUAAACAAGGAGAGUUUAUCAUGCUCUGGUCAUUGCAUGUCAUUAUAUUAGUUUAUAAAUCUCUAGCCAAAAGAAAUUGGGAUUAAUAAUUCUUUUAACUCUAGUAUCACCAAUCAUAUUCUCCAGACUGCUUGGGACACAUUACCUUUGGUGUAAUUGAGCAGAAUUUCUUUUAAGAAUCAACAUUUUUCCAUUGUUUAAUUAAACUACAGUCAAAUCCCAAUAAUUCAAACCCCCACUAAUUCGAACCUCAUGCUAACUCGAACCAAAAUCAAUUUCCCCUCGAUUUCCUUCAUAAAUUUACUGUAAUUUUAUCCUAGGUAACUCAAACCCUUGAUGACUUGAACCUCUCGCUAACUCGAAGCAAUUUUAGUUUCCCUCUCAGAUUGUUUCUAUAGAAUUUUAAACUCAAUAACUCAAACCAUGUUUGAAAAAACAGUGCACUGGUGUCCGAAACAUUGAAUUUUAAAUUUCCCAUUUGACGUGUUGUAGGCAUAUAGUUGACUAGUGGAGGCUAAUGUUUGUCACAAAUCUAACGUGAAACAGCUUUACUUCUCAAAACAGUAAAACGCAUGCUCUAUUUAGGCUAUGGUUUGUUAUUUUACAUUCUGAUUUAUAAUCUAUAAGUAUCUUUCAAUUUUCACUUUAAGUUUCUACAAUUAAAUAUAAUGAAAAUGUUCAUUGUAAAGCAAAACCUGGUUUUUCCCUUACCUUCAGCUAUUUGCUUCAACCAGGCGAUAACUUGAACUUUUUUCGAAAACCUUUGAAGGUUCGAGUUAUCGGGAGUUGACUGUACAAGUAUGGCUUGCCUAGAUUAGAACUUCCUACCACGUGUCAAAAUUCUACUUGAGUUGAAAUCAAAUAAGUGAGAUUAGACUACUACCUGAACUGAACUACAUGCUGUACAUGGACCUAAUAAAUGUAUUAUUCCGUACAUGUACAUUAGUAUUUGUUGUAGACUACACACAUUCUGCGCAGGUGUAAUAGAAACCUGAUAAUUUAUACAGUGUGUAUAAUUAUUAUAUGGCUGAACCUGUGAGUGGGAAAGAUGAAGCGAAUCCUGUGUUCUGAUUGGCUACUCAAUCUUGGCCGCUUGGGAUUUCCUGCAUUGGUCCUCCCAGGAAAAGUUCUCUUUUUCACCAUAUAAUAAAUCCUUCAUUGACCAAGCUUGUUCGGUCAUGAUGGCUAGAUAUUGGCCUAGUUCUUUUUUAUGUUUUUAUUGACCUUGACUUUGUCACGGUCAGUAAAAAUGCUAGACUUGACACAAUUUGACCUCACAAGUUAAAGUGGGUGGAGCAAGGUUUUUAGGCCGCGAAGCUGCUGACCAAGUGACGAAGACAUGAGAGGUCUCGCACCAUAUAAAAGUCAGACGAAGGACAUUUUGAAAGUCUGUUAAAAUGCAAAAAAAGAACUUGGCCAAAUUCCAGCCAUCUUGACCUCAUGCUUGGUCAUUUAUGCAUAUACCAAAAUACUAUUUUUCAGUCAAAUAAUAAAAUUCUCUUUAAUUUUUUUCAAGUUUUUAGAUAUGAUUUUAGAAAAUCUCAAGGAAGUGCUGAUGGCUGCGCAGUUUGAUAGAGCAAGAUUAAUGGUAAUCUCAUUGUUAUGUUCAAUGUCAACAUCUUCCUGAUGCUAGAUUAGAGUGUGCAUUGGCAGCUUUGGUUGUUUUUAUGAUCCAUGAGGGAUACGGUUUGCUCUAAUGGUUUCAGGUGGUUAAUAAGACCCCACUAUGCCCAAGCAGUGAAAAUUGAUCAUAGGAAGCAUAUGCUGCCCAUUCUAAGCACCUCUUUUGAAUUUUUUUUGCUUAGUACGCUGGACAAGCGUACUGGCAUGGUAUAAUAGGAAGACAAUCAAACAUGUCAUCUAUAAAAUCAGUAAUGAUUCGUUGAUAGUAAAAUAAUAUUGAUCGUAGUAAUUGAUAAAGAUCAACACUCAGAAAUCAAGCGUUCUUCAUUAUUUUCCCUUGGAGGGGCACGAAACGAAGCAAGUGACAUGUCAGCAAACACACAUAAAACUACAAGUAGCAGUAACCAUUGGUUUGGAAGCGCAGUUGCUUUUACCUUAGAGAUGUGGUUGAUGCUGAGAACCACUUUCAUAAUAAGUGAAUAGAAGAUGUAUGUGUGAAUAAGAAAGCCCUUAUUAUUGUUCCUGUAUCAACAAAGGAAAUCGCCACAGAAUCAUGAACGUGGAAAUUGAAGUGAACAACACAGUAAACAAGAGUCAGAUUGAAUUUGACUAUUUUAUUCAAAGAUAAGCUCACAAUGAAAACAGUAAAUGCUCAAUGUGACAACUGCGCGUCUUAUUAUAGUCAGUCGGCUAUUCAAUCCAUGUUCAAGGACCCAUUCUUCACUUUCAUCUCAAUAGUAAAUCAUGAAAAGCCUAGUACUUUGAAGAUUAAAGUAACAUGGUUGGAAACAUAAAAUACACCAGUAAAACCUUUCCAGUACUAAAAAAUGGGGAACAAGCAAUGUAAAAACCUGGAUUAACUAAACUUAUAUGGAUUUAUAGACUUUGCAAUCACAUUUAUCUACCAAAGGCUCAUCCCACACUAAGCUGAAAUCAGGCUCUACUUGGCUUGGUAAAUAGAUUUCUGGUGGGCAAGGUGAAUCGAAAAGUCUUGCAUCUUGUACACUAAGAAAACUAUGUUUGGAUGUUGAUCAUAUUUACAUGUAUUUUGCACAAUAUAAAUAUUAAAUUAUUAUUAUUAUAUUAUUAAAUUAUUAUUAUUGUUAAAAGAAAGCAUCGAACAAACAUUGUUAUAAAUGCUUCGGAACUUUACAUUCAUGUCAUUUCCGCAGAGUUAUCAGAUGGACCCUCAACUCAACACCAGGGCCUUCACGGCCACAUACCAUAGCAUCCUAAGAAUGUGCGAAUGUGCACAGAUUUUGGAAACACUCCGCUAUACAGUUUAAGAUAGUACAUAUACAGCUGACCACUCCACCAAGAAUAUGACUAUGGGCUCAAGCUCGCUUGAGAUAAUGAUAAAUUUAAAUUAGGUUUAUUGCCAUUGCACGUGCAUUGUACAUUUAUACAGGUAUAAAUAUUUAGUUUUAGUAACAUGUGUUUUUCUCAUUUACUUACAACUUUGUUUUUGUUUUGUAAGGUACGUUUCCUGGCGGAUCUGACGAACUGCCGAGUACUUAUGCCUAGUGCCCUCUUGGAGUUCUUCAACCUGUUUGUAGCGGCCACAAUGGAAAGUGAUGUUCCACAGGUACCUGAUCACAAUUUUGUUGGGCUAAAAAAUAUACAUACAGUAUUUGAGUACAGUGCAGUAUUUUGAGUUUGCAUUCAAAAUUGUAAAAAUCUUGUGACUUGACAGGUCUUUUGAGAAACAAAUUUGACAAAUGCAUUGCAAUAUAGAGAGAGGAGAAGUCAUGAUGUCACGUUCCCAUGGUAGCAUAAUUUUUGGAUGACAACAAACCGAAAAUUUUCAUUUAAAAAGUGCAUUCGCAGUUUCAAACUAAAUCAAUCUUAUUCAAUUUGGUUUAAUUUGCCAAAUGUUGGCAAAAUUUUCUGGGUUGAAUCCGAAAGAACGGCAUUUAAGUUUAGAAAAAGAAAAUUUUUGUGUUGUGUUUACCUACUCCGUAAAGUAAGAGCGUAAAAUUAGGAAGUGUCAUGUCACAGUCGUAAACGAUGGCUAAGAAAUGUACAAAAAAGCGUGAUACAUGCAAGGUUGUUGUUUAGCUAGUAUAAACUUAUUGCUUAUUUCUAACUGUUCUUGUUGCCGUCGCUGUUGUCGUUGCUUAAACUCCAUAUUUUUGUGAUCCAGAAAUUUUGCUAUUAUGGUAACGUGACGUCACACCUCUCCUCUCUAUUAUUAAUGUUUCCCUACCCAGGUCAAAGUACAUGUGGAGUUGGGGUCUGGAAGGUUCUGCUCCUUUUUCGCUAAAAUCCCGCACCCUGCACUUUUUCAUGGCCUUCCCAAAUCCCAUAUUUAGUUUCCAAAAUACGUAAGACAAGAUACAUAAGGUAGGAUCUCUGGCAUGUCAACAUCUUGCGUGUAAAUACCAUACUUUGUGCACUUUCCAUGAAGUAUCCUGUAUAAACUAUUUGCUCUUUCAUAUGUAACAAGAUGUUGUGGGGGGCGUAUAUUUAGGCAUCGAUGCACUAGGCGGGUCUGAAGUUUUUUUUUAUGUGUACAUGUAUUAGAGAUCAGUGAGUAGUACAGUAGCGUUGCAUAUUCUAGGGGUUGGUUGAGAUGCGUAAAGUGAAGGCGUGGAGUUAUAUUGGAUGUUAGUUGGUUAUAGUGGGUAAGAAUUCUGAUAACGGCUGUAGUUUCUUAACCCAUUUGCCCCUGAACCGCCCGUAACCGCCCGUGUGGAUCCAGGCCCUUUCUACCCUUUGUGACGUCAUCAGUUUUAACGGUCAAGGACAACUUUCUUCGCUAACUUGUGCAGAGGGAAGGGAUCUUUCAAACCAUACCAGAAUGAGCGCAAUUUAGUCAAGGACACCGGAGAAAGAAGCAAAAAACCACGUGACAUUGACUUCUCAAACUCAUUAAUAAUUCAUAAAGAAAAUACAAAGAAAAUUAAUGUUUAAUGAGUGUUUGGAAAUCGGAUGAAAAACUGCUCAGUAUUUGCAUCCUUAAUUUCUCCUUCAAAAAUGAUUUUGUUUGAGAAGAAAUAUCAAACAUUCGACACAGUGUUUCAUCACCAGAUGAAACACCUCGAAGUUCGUCAAAAAUACUCCGCUGCGCGUCGUAUUUUCAACUCUCUUCUUGGUGUUUCAUCUGGUGAUGAAACACUGCGUCUCAUGUUUGAUAUAUUACCUGAAAAUCUCCAUGAAAAUCUUGUUCCAUUACCCAGCUACCUUUCCUUUCACCUAUUCCUGAGAUCCUAAAAGCUUUCCUAAAAACUCUUCCCACCAAAAUAAAGCCUACUGAAUGCCCAGCAAGAGAAAAAAAAAAUGAGGCAAGAAAAGCGAAAAAAGAAGGGAGGAGAGAAAGCGAAAAGUAAAAGUCAAGACUGCUGUGUCACUUUUAAACCCCAAAAUUUUGCUUUCUGCGCAUGCCCGAACUUCGCAAGCUGAUAUUUUGCAUCUGGAUCAUCUGGAUCAGAAGGCCGGGAAGUGUACGACCUGUAAACCGGUUUGUGGUAAGUUUUAGCUCUUUAUAGCACGACAGUGACCAGAAAACCACUCGACUAGCUUCAAAACGCGUUUUUCGGCAAAAUCUCCAGGAGCGAAUGGGUUAAUCAGUGAAACUUGUGUAUCGUAGAAUUUAAUGUGAAAUAACAGAAAAUAAUAAUAUUAUUUUGGGAGGUAAAAGUGAUUUUAGGUGUUGCAGUGAGGUAGUUGUAGAAGUGCUAAUUUGGUUAUGAAGGGAUAGUGUAGUUACAGUGUGUUGAAAUGAAGUGGUGGUUGUGAAAGGUCUUACCAAUAGUCGAAAACAUACUUGUACAGGGAUUUAUAUUCAUUUUUUAUCAAAGUCAUCAGCCUGGCAAGUAAGCUUGAUGGCACACUUGGCCGGUUACAAUUUAGGUUGUUCGGACAAAAGUGCAGAAUUGUGGGAAGAAUGGUGAUAAACUGUGUGCCACUUGAACAUUUCUGAUAAUUAUGCACUAUAUUUCCGUUAUAGAUAAUAAUAGAGGGUUUUAACUAAACUGUAAGGUAAAAUAGGCUACAGGCCUGAGGCUAAAUGCAGUUCUUUAAUGUUUUACAAGUAGCUUCAGGAAGUUUGCCACAUAUAAAGCAGCGGCUCCUGCUUAUCUUUUUUCUGCUGAAGGCGGCAAAAUGCUUUCUAAAAAGUGCCACAUCGUGAUGAGUGCUGUCACAUUUUCUACAAAUGGCCCGUCAAUGCAGUUCUUCACAAAAUGAAAAGAAAUGCCAAUGGUUAGCAACAUGAAAACUGGGCCUGCGAUCCUUUUCUGCACCAUCACUUACGAUUUCAUUCCGUACCGAAGUUGCAUGUUAAUCUCUGUUAUUCUAAAAGGUUUUAAAAGUUGUUGAGAAGUAGUCAGAACACAGGUAAAAUGUACAUGAUAAAAUCACAUAAGAUUUUUUGAAAAGAUUCUGUGGUUGAGCAAAACCUCACUCGUCCAAAGGACAACUUUUGGAGUUAUCUUAAUCGUUGGUGCGAGAUUGUAGUAAUCUGCCACGACCGGACGACUGCGAAUAUGGAUCUCCGUUGUACUUAUUUUAAACAUUGUUACGUUUUUUGUUUAGGAUCGUUUUUUGCUUGUGUUUGAUAAUAUUAGUAUCGAGAGAACAUGGAAUUAGGUGGAAAGUUCAUUUAAUAUAGAGAAGAGGGUAUGAAGAUGUUGAAGGGGAAGGGCUUGUGUGUGUGUGCUUGGGAGCUUUGAAAAAUCGGUGAUAGAACUUAGGGUUUGAUUACAUGAGGCAGGCUGGCUCGCUUUGCAGAAAACCUGGCACCUUAGUUAAACGCAACCAAAAAUCAAGUUUGUGAUUAUAUGACAACCGAGCGAGCCCUGUUAGCUGGAAUCUCAGAACUGUGAUGCUGGGAUGCUGGGUGGAAUUUUUGUAAGUAGUCACGCUUGCCUGGCGGCCCAGCGAAUCAACAUAGCCAAAAACAGGACAGCGGGUAACACACUGUUCAUGCGCAUUGCUUCCGUGACUCAUGUGAUGAUGCCCUUACUGUGAGUUGCUUUGUCAUGAAGUUUGCACAUGAAAGCUUUGGAAUUUGCUGCUUUCGUGGUUCGUGUAUGAGAUCUAAUUAACCCAAGGGUUUUAAGAAUAGAACGCAGUUUGCACGUAAAGAUGUUGGACUCUGCCCCUUUUACAGUUCAACCAUGAAAGAAUGCAACUUGUUUACAAGGUCAGUUGGCUCGAUAAUAUUUUAAGAAAUCACCUUCUUUCUGACAAUAUGCAGUGAAAUUAUGCAUCAUUCAAUGUUAGCCUUACUUAUCUCAUGGAAUUUUGGAUCACAUCUUCUUUGCCGCUCAACAACUGAGAGCAGAAACAUUGUCAAACUCAUGGCAAUAAGCCAAACCAUUCACACUGUGUGCUGCGAGGAUGAUUAUUUUCUGAAGGGAAGAUUUAAAUUAUUUGCUAGUUUGUUUCACUCAGUUACCUUGUUUUUCCAAAAAGUUUGUUUUCUAUUGUUUGUUUCCUGACUUUUUAAAUGCUCAAAACAUGGUUUGAGUUAUCAAGUUUAAAAUUAUAUAGAAACAAUCUGAGAGGGAAACAAGUCAUCAAGCAUUUGAGUUACCUAGGAUAAAAUUAAAGUAAAUUUACGGAGGAAAUCGAGUGGAGAUUUGUUUGCUGAGCGUUAUCUGUGGGACAUAUGUAACGAAGAUAAGUGCUGUGCUGUGACACAGCGUGCGGCAGACAUUCUUGUCGCUUGGCUUGUUUACAUUAGCACGUAUUGCGUGCCUAUUACAACUUUGUUCAUUCUGCUUUUUGUCACAUUCUUUGAACUGAGAGUGGAUACGGAUGUGUCUGAAACAUGUUCUCCAAACUCAAAUGUUUAUCUUGUUUCCUUUCUACAUUUAUUUACCACUAUGGAAUCCUUGUUACAAGUCAUGACACUAAUUUUCCUGUCACAAUAAUUGUUAUAAACACAUUAUAAUUUUUUCUUGAGACUUUGAUUGUUUUCUAGGCAACAGUAUUAUUGUUUUCAAUAGUUUAAACCUUAUCUACAAAUUUGUGAAUGUUGAAAUUAAUCACUUGACUAAUUUUGUUGAAUCAAUUCCUCACAGGCUAUGAAUUCUGAAAGAAAACAAUGACAGAAAAAUUAAAUGACAUCAACAUUCAUUUUGUCAAUGUUUUUCUGAAUCCAGUUUGAACCUUCACUUGUAGGUUCGUUCUGAUUGGUUUGUGUAUACAGUUCUUUCUUCUUUACCCUGGGUAAGUUUCUACAUGCUAUUUGUUAUAAUUGUUACUUUGUUAUCAUUGAUAAUAUCAUCAAAACUGAACACUUUUUUUGAAUGGUUUUAGGCUGGGAAGGAACUAUCUGAGAAAAAGAGUCAGGAAUUUCAGCAGUUGUUGUCAUCUAUUGAGAGCUACAUGAGGUAUCAACUUUUUAUAUUUGAUAAGAACAGUUGUAAAGUAAACUAAUUAGCUGCACAGAAUGUACUCAAUAUUAUAAUGAUAAAUCACAGUAGUGAUAGAGGGAUGAAAUUAAGCCCCGUUGGUGUUGAGUAAGGUCAAGGUAAAUCACUUAUUUGCAUAAGGGUCGAGUCCAUGACGUCACCCAUUGUUUUAACCUGGGGAAAAAGUGGGUUCCUCCGUACUAACAAGACACUGUGGGAGCGUAUAUUUGGGUGUGGUCGUACUAUUCGUAUGAUACUUUGAACAUGCCUUAUUGCAGCUAAACAACUGUUAUCAUAUCUUACCAGAGAAGAUAAAUCCUUUACUCUAUUUAUUUGCUGAACCACACAGCUUAUACAGUAUGUCCCAAUCCACAACAAUAAGCCUGUCAUUUCAUGACAAAGUUUGAAAAUGUGCACAUCUUCAAUGCCGACAUGCUUGGAGCCAAGUUGCAACAUAGGACAUAAGUGGUUACAGCCGGGAGAGUAAGGUUUAUCUCAGCUCCACUGAUACUGACACUUUGAGGAAGAUUGACAGACAGAUGUGUUUUCACACCCAUCACAUUGUACAGUGUAUUCCGGUUACUAAUAAGGGCAAAUAAAGUUCCUUAAAUCCAGUAGCCACAAUGAUUAUUAAGAGAGUAACACAUUGCAUAAACUGCUAUAGGGUAGCCCUUUUUACAGGGACAUUGGUAACUAUUAACAUUUGAUAUACUACAAUGUUCAACAUUGCUUGAGAAAAGAUGAGCUUCAAAGGUGGCAAUAUGUUCACCUUUAAGUUCAUAGAUAUCCUAUGUAGAGUCUGAAAAUAUACUAAUUUAUGCAUGGAUGGUAUUUCCAACAAUGCACAUGUCUCUUCACUAUGACUGUUAUGAUACAUAUCUCUAGCAUGAGAAUCAAAUACAUUAUAUCCCCCAGCCUCAAUGCUGUAGAUACCAACACCAAUAAUUGCUACCGUUAAAAUGAAGGAGUUGUAGGUCAGUGCCAAGAGUGUUUCAACUGCUGUACCCUGUGAGUGCUGGCAUAUACAGUAGUGAUACCCCUCAAUUCUGGGAUCACCAUGGAUGUUACAAGUAUAACUGUCACUGCAUUCAAGGUAGAAAAAUUGCUCAAACACUGUAACCAUUCCUGGCAAUUCUGAUAACAUUAACAUAUAGAUUGUCUUGCAAACAGUGACAGACUAGAAUAUAAUUGAAUGCCAACAAUAAUUAUUUGAAUCAUAUCAUCAACUGAAGUAAUCUUUGUUAUCUUAGACUUACUGUAAAUUUAAGCGCACAGACUCAUUGCGACACAUUGUUGUCCAACAUUUUCGCCAAAUACUGUGACGUUUCCUUGACAGUAUGGAGCAUGAAUUGUUUUUGUACCAUCUACAUAAACUGAAAGUCCUGGAUUCUUCUCGAUAUCAGUACAAAGCUUUAAUUGGCCAAAAUUAACAUGGUGAUUCAAACUGUUUUAAGCACUAUAAAAUGGAUAAUUGCAUGUACAGAGGGGCAAAUUCUUACUUAAAAUCCUGUUUGGAUAUCUCAUUCCACCUAAAUCGCCUGUGCUUUGAUGCUUACACGACAGAUACGUACACCUUCCCUCGUUUACGAGCUAGUUUUGGAGUUGCCCUUUAAGUAAAAACCUCACAGUUACAGUUACUUUUGUACCUGUUUAAGUGUAAACCUUUUCUAUUUUUAAUGUAACAAUGAAUUUCAGACGACAAUGGUGUAUUUUCCAUGCCCUUCCAUACAAAAAGCCUUACCUUCCGUGUUUUCUGUAACAAAGAUUUUAAUUUCUUUCUUGGUAGUCUGUUAGGUGCACGACCGCGUCGAAAAAAAUGACUAACCUUAUUUAAACCAAUGUAAUUGUAAGUUCUGUCAUAAAUAAAUUUCCCGCGACGAGAUCUCAAUUCAACUUCUUUUAUUUCCUCCACAACACAAUUUUCCUUCUGUACAACUAGCUCAUUACCUUCUCUUGUCGUCAACUCGCUGCCAUCAAAACGCUCCAACACAAAACUUGCUGACAAUGCAAAAUCCCGACGCGCAGCAUCGUACAUGUAGUGCGUCACAAUAUACACAAUUAGACGAAAAAACACAACACGCAAUACAAAAACAAGCACAUUAACCGUCACCCUGCUAAACAAAAUUGAAAUAAUAAAAAUAAUUGUUACAGUUAUCACAGUAGUUCCAAAAGAAGCCUAAGCCCUUUUGGUUUCAAUUGUUGACAAUCGUCUCUUCCUUCAUCGGAACAGAUUUUUAUCACAGGCAGCUCAUUGUGUUCGGCAAUGCAACAAUCAAAAUCACUAUUGUCACACUGAUAACCAGCUACACAAAUCUUGCGACUCUCAAACUUAUCCAAGUCUUAUCCAUUUUACACAUACACUCCUGAUAUUCCGAUUUGUUAUUUCGUCUAUGGGGUUCAUGAGUCUAUAAUGUCGUUGAAUAUCUUGAUAAUUUCCUUUGUUUUUCUUUGAGUUCGCGGACCAGCCCUUUCCGAAAACACUCAGUGUUAUUUGUUAGUGUGGGCCUACCACAAACAGUGUGUGCAUUUGUAAGUUUAACCCGGGAAAACAUAAUUCAACAAUACAUCAACACGUUCCUCGAGACCCCGCGGCCAAAUGUUAUCCAAACUGCUUCUUACUGCUGCUUUGAAAAAUCUCGGAUCGAAAGAUAUCCAAAUCGUCCCUCACUGGAUUAUCCACUCGAUCUAACAAAAUCGACCAAUCACAAAAUAAGGAAAAGAAAAUGGACAUAAAAUAAAGAAAACAGCAAAUUCAGAUGACCUCUUAGGAAACAUGCAAUUAAAACUGUCUUUCUAUGAUUGGUGCAUUUCGAUCCUCUCGUCAAUAAAAUGUCAGACGCCAAUCAUCUUAGCGGACCUCUUAGGAAGCGAAAGCUUACUUCAACGGGUUCAAAAGGUCAUUGUUUGUGAUUUGUGAUUGGUGGAUUUCGAUCCGUUUUGUUAGUUUCCGUGUUUCAAGGUUCGUUGCUUGUGAUCGUAUUGUGACCAAAACCCGACCUUACUAUACCAAAUAUUUUUGAUAGAUUUCAUCCCCGGACUUCAGACGUCCAAAGUUCGAUGAGGUAAAAAUACUGAAGAUUCAGAUUAACUUUUGAGAUUGUAAAAGUGCGAUAAAGUGCCGUGCUAGCAGAGCUUUCUUUCCCACAUGCCUAUUACCUUGUACAAGACGUUCGCAUGGCAGACAUUCGCCUCGCUGCGCUUGUUUACUUGCCUUGUAUACGUUAGCACGUAUUGCGUGCCUAUUGCACAUCUGCGUCAAAACAAGCCUUUUCCAUUACUCUAUUUGGGCCACGCCCAAAUAAUAAGUGUCUUUCUUCAAAUCUAAUGAGCGUCUCUCUUAUACAGUAGUAACAAUAGCCUUGCCUAGGCUUGCCCGGUGUCUUUUAACCCUAUAAAAGCACGCUCUCCAUUCAGCAUUUUAUUCUUGCAAUCUCUUUUCUAAGAAAAAAAGUCUUACUAUCACCAAUAUUUUUAAAACAUUGCUCCAAACAUGCAAGUCGAACUGAGUGCUACACCUCUGUUGACACAAGAUAAAGCGAGUUUCUUACCUGCCAGUUCUGCCUGUUUCAUCCCCUCUCAACAUUGGAAUUGGUAGAAAGAGUAAACGAAUUUUGCCAUGUGCACUGCCCUGAGAAAUUUUGCUUUAUGUUUGCCCCUGCUUCAGAAUAGAAAGAGGACAUAGAGUGGAUCGCGCAUCAUACCCACUCUGAUAAGAAACAAUAAUUAUGCAGCUUAGUUGUUCUGUAAUUGUUUUAACAAACCUGCACUAAGAAAAAGUUAACAGCCUGGGCGCAGGGAUCGUAUGUUUCUGACAUAGUACAAAAAGGAGUGUAACUUUUUCAUGUGGAUAGACCAGCCAAUAUCGCCUGGUAUCAAGAAGCGGCUCUCGUAUUUGCUUCAGCCACAGGUCGCAAGAUUUCGUCUUUAUGGAAGAAUAAAGGAGAUGUUUGAAAAACGACGCUAAGAGGAUAAACAGAAAGCAUUUAUCCAACACCAGCACCAUACCCACAAAGAUGAGAAAGGAUUUUUAAUGUGUGACAAUGGUUUUAACAGUCUAGGAGGUCCUAAUAUAUUUCACGGGUUUAGAUACAGAGAAUAGAUGCCCGAAGUGUGGGAUCGUACAAGUUGUAUGUCCAAAGAAUGAAAGAAGACUCUCCAGAUCAUCCAGAUACUACACUUAGUCUAGAGAAAAACGACUUGCUAUGUCAGGCGUGUUAGAAGUACGCAAGGGACUGCGGUCAUUUCCCCGAAAGUUACCGAGUGUUAAAGGCUUUGUAUGAAAGACACAUUGAAUUCAAACACAUACCUUUUCACUGUUAUGUUAUCUCCCCUGAAGAAUGUGAAGAGAUUGAAAACGAUAAAAAGUUACCGUCUUUUUCUAGAGCUUUUUAUGCAAGAUGCAUCAAAAUGCAUCAACAUGCUUAACAAUAUAAGGAAUCCCAGGUCUUCCGGUUUGUUCUAAAUCAAUGAAACAAGUCGUGUUUUGAAUAAUAAAUUUCCCGUACCAUCCUGUAUAGAAAAUGGUUGUAAAGAUUGUGAAGUAAUCAAUAAAAAAUAAACACACUUAAAGUUUGGUUGUUUACAGUUUUUAAUGAAACGCAACACUGAAUACAAAGGUAGUAGUUCUAGUCUUGAUCUUGUGGAAUGGGCUGCUUUUCAUACAAUUGAGUAAGAAUUUUCGCUUAUUGAUCACAAAUUCUGUCUAUUCUAGCCAAUCAAAUCCUUUUGUAUCUUUAAGCUCUUUUUGGGUUUCCAUCACUUUUCAGAAGGGCCUUUCUUCAUUGCACGCAUCCACUGUAGAUACACUCUAAGAGUACUUUUCUCAGCUAUUUUCUGUAAACAGGAAGAGCGUUCUGGGCUUUAAUACCAGCCACGUUUUCUGCAUCUCCAUUCUCUUCGUAUUGAUUGAUCAAAGUGUUGAUCUGGGUCUCGUGGUGUUUCUCAAAAAUGUAUGACCAAGGCCCUAAGUGUUCUGUUUCUUCUUGGGAAGACUCCGUUCCGCGGCUAGCUUGAGAGACUUCGCUUUCUAGAAAUUGCUUACUUCACUGUCGUCAUAAUUUCCAGCACCUCGUUGAAGAAGGUUGUAAUGGUGGUUACUGUUCCACAUUUUUUAGUUUCAACUGCACGCGUUCUGAUACUAAACUAAACGUCAGAAAGUAAUGCAACUCUUUUAUAGAAUAUUGGUGAAGCCAGGGUUACUAAGCGUUCUCCUUCGUAAUAACCCUACAUCAACCCUCUUCACAUCGAGCCCACUUUGACCCCACAUACACCCCACAUUCACCCCACAUGGAACCCACAUCGACCCUACAUCGACCCACAUUGACCCACACUUACCAAACCAAGGCCAAAAAGGCCUAGUUUCGUAAUCCUUUCUCUUCCUUACUUCAUCUUCAGUCUAUGUACCUUUGGCAAAAUUCUCUAGACGGCCCUGCCACACCUAUUCAACUGGGACAAUUGUGUCCUUCUACGGUGUCUACUGAUUUCUUGCUGUCCUAGUAAGGACAACAAUCCUUGACAGAGCGUUUUGUAACAAAUGCUAUCGUUGUCCAGUCAAAGAGCUAAACAUUUAUCUUCUAAUUCAUCACACUCCUUUUCUUUCUGACGCAGUUGAUGUCACGUAUUUUCCAGUACCUCUUCAUUUUCCCUUAACAUCAUGAGCAAAUCGCAUUAAACUCGAAAGGCUGCCAUCAGUGAACAAUUUCUUGACCUUCUUUUUUCUAAUCUGGAUGGAGUUGUUGUUGUUGUUCAAGACUUUUAUAGCGUUCUUCCCAGCUUUCACAUUGUUCUUUGCAUUCCUCAUUAGCAAAAAAUGUAAUCUUUGUCUUUAUGAAAAGUUCAUCAUCAUUUGUAAAAAAGAGCUUUGUAGCCUAAACAGGCGAAACGAACUAGCGAGUUCAUGCCCCCACAGAAACAGAUAUGUACUUCAGAACUCUAGAGUAACGUAACUAAGACACAAUCCAUCUGUUACCUAGAUACUAUCUCUUAAUGCAUCCCUAUAUUUUACUGCCAGCUUUUAAUUUUAACGGUCAAUCGUCGAAGUUGCCUGAUGAGUGUGGUCCUACAAUUUCGGACCAUACGAAACAGCACUGUCGCAAUAAACAAUCAAUGAUGACAAACGAAACAGAUCUGUAUUAAAAUCCAUAUGUGCUCAUAUUGAGUAGUCUAUUUACUGUUAUAUAUAUAUAUAGCGCGCGCGGUAGAAGUUGUUUUCCGUGGUCGGUUACUGAUUUUCUAGGUUUUUUUUUGGCCGCCUGCAGCAAAGUUUUCCGGAAGGCAUCAUUAAGCCUUAUGAAGGAACAAGUCUCACGAUUGGCAAAUUCUGCCGUCGUCCAAUAUGUUACCGUACUUCGUCUCAUUUUGGCAAGACGGGUGAAACACUGAUCUCGGGCUUGAGACGGAAAGGCAUCAUAUUGCGAGCUUUGAUGUGGGCGGUGACGAGUCUCUGGUCUCAAAAAGUAGCUUCUAGCAGUCAAAACUAUUCGGCGAGAGCAAAAUUGAUGCUGAUUUCUGACCAGGCCAGAGACCUAGUAAAAAAUUGUUUUGAAGGCCGGCGUCCAUGUGUCCCUUUCAAAACGGCUCGUUUGCAUCCGGGAUCUUAAAUAAAUCGAAUGUGUCAGCAAAGUUUACAUGUGAUGAUUUAUGUGGAGAAAGCGAGAGUUAUUGAGAGAGAGUAAUGUGAUGAUAUUUCGCCCGUAUUAAGUGUGGAAACAUUGUGUCUGGUUGGUUGCGGAUAGUUUUAUCAGUGCCGCGAACGUGGUUGAUUGUGUGAUUUCCUGAAGUUGUUGACAGACAGAUUUCAGGUAUGUCGUGGCGCUCGUGUUAUAAGAAUAUUGUGUACAAGCAUGAAAACGCUUUGUAAGUGUUUAGUUGAAGUGAUUUUGUCUUAGAUAACCGAUUGUGGGGUCAAAGAAGGUGGAUUCUAGGUCCGUUUUAGUCGGGCAUCUCGCUAUGAGCCUCAUAGUUUAAGAGACUGAAAGGUCACUUCUGUGCUUUUAAAUGUUGUUUAUUUCGUUAAAAUCUGUCGCUUUUGCCAGGAGCAACUUUUCGUGUGUUGCCAGCGAUUAAUUCGUCCGUUUUAAGCCCUAACAGGCGACUUUCAAGUGCUUUUUGUUGACCUCAAGGGUCAAAUUGUUAGAACGCACUUGAAAUUUCUGGAGGUACCUUUCAUCAAAUCCAGACAUAUAUAUAUCUGUCUAGAUUUGCAAAAACAUGGCUACAGAAAUCCCUUUAUAUACCCUCGGACUGAGCCUUGUAGCGGAGCACUUUUUUUUUUCAUAGUUACUUUUUAUUUAUUUAAUCGGUAACGAAUAGGCCACAUUAGAUAGACUUUGCUGAGUUUCUCGCUGGCUAUUAACCUAUUACCGCCCCCCCAAAAAAAAUGUUUUUCAUACCUUCCCAUUAUUCUCUCUGUUUGUCAGUUUGAAAUCAGCGCACGUAUAGGCCAUUUGCACUAAGAGGUCAUGUGACAUCGUUUUUAUGAAAAUGAAAGUUAUAUGAUUUUGCCUUCGAAAAACAAUUAGUGGGUCAUAUCUUAAACAAAAUAAUGGUGAUUUGGUUUUUCAAACCCGAACCAUUUUCUUAAAAUGAAUAAGUUCGUAUAUGAUCACGUGACCAAAAUGGGAUUUUUAAAAUUAUGAAUUGCCUCUCUCUGAACACAAAUUUUACACUUAAACUUCAAGGAAAAUGUUGAAAAGAUGAUGUGAUAACGUUUACAGCACAUCUGAGCGUAAAUAUGAAACGUCGAACAAGAUAUGAGCAAGAAGUAGCUUUGGCCGCCAUGUUGGAGGGCAAAAGCAUGCCCUCCAACAUGGCGGCCAAUACAAAUCAUUAUACUUUGCUGAAAAAUCAAAGUGCCAUAGAAUAUCUCCCUUAAAUGCGCUUCCUCUCAAAUUUUGGGUGUAAGAUAAUUUUUGUGUGCUCUAACAAUUUUUGGCAUCAGCAAGAUUCCAACUCAUUGUUUAAAGGAAGCAUUGGUCACGUGACCUCUUAGUGCAAGUGGCCUAUUAGACUGAACUCGGUUCUCAUAGUGGGUUGGCUUAGAGUUUUUUUGGCUGCCUUGAGCAAAGUUUUCCGCAAGGCGUCAUUAAGCCUUAUGAAGGAACAAUUCUCACGUCUGGCAAAGUCUGCUGCGUCCAAUAUCUUCUGGUAUUUCCUCUCAUUUCGGGCUACACGGGUGAAAGACUGAUCCUGGGCUUGAGACGGAAAGAUUAGACAUUGCGAGCUUUGUUGUUGGCAGUAACAAGUCUUUGGCCUCACAAAGUAGGGUCUAGGGUUGAAAUCUAUUAGGCAAGAUGGAAAUUGAUGCUGAUUUCUGACCAGGCCAAAGACUUAGUAAAAAAUUGUGUGGAAGGCGGGGGCUGUAUGUCUCCUUUUCAACCGCUGGUUUACAUCGGGGAUCUUGAAUAAAUCGACUGUCAGUGAGUCGAGAAAAGUUCCAUGUGACGAUUUAUGUGGAGAAAGCGAGAGUUUUAGAAGUAAUUUGACGAUUUUUCGCCCGUGUUAAGUGUGGAAGUAUUAUGAGUGGUUUUCGGAAGUGUUGUGAUUGCCGCAAAACUCAUUUAUUGUGAGAUUUACCGAAAGUGUUGACAGACAAAUCUCAGGUAUGUGCGGUUGAGCUCGUGUUACCAGAAUACUUUGUGCCAAGCAUAAAAACGCUUCGUGAGUGUUUAGUUUAGGUGAUUUUCUCUUAGAAAGCCUAUUCUGUGCUCAAAGAUUGUGGAUUCUUAAUCUGUUUUCGGCCGAGACUGAGCUGUGGGCCUCAUGGUUUGACUUACUAAAAGAUUACAAUUUCUGGACGUUUCAAAUGUUGUUUAUUUCAUCGCAAAAUCCUGUUAUUUUUGCGAGAGAACUUUACCGUCUAUUGCCAGCAAUAAUGCUGUCAUUGUUUAGCUUCAGCUAGUGACUUUUAACUGCUUCCCAUUCCACUUAGAUGUCAAAUAGUUAGAAUGCACUUGAAAUUUCUUUAGCCACGUUUUAACAAAUCCAGACAGACAAUUCAAGAAGAAAUCAUUGUACUACUACUUUCAAUCCAGCACAGACACAAGAAACGGUGUACAAACUGUCAAGAUCACGAAGAAAUGAAGCGUCUUUUAAAGCUAAAGCUAAAAGAACAACUACAAAGAACAAGCCCAACCGCAAGAAACAAAGCAAGUCGAACUGUUGACGUCAGUAGAGGCCAUAGGGAUAUUCUGUUGACACAGAUGGAUUAUUUGUUGAGAACACACGUAGAGAGAACAAUUUUGUUAAUGGUUAAUCUAGACCGUAAUAAAGAUUUUUCAGUUGACUUCUGUGUCUUUGUUUUGUCUGUAACCGAUUUUUAGUGAUAAUGAUUUAAUGAUUGAAGAUUUUUCAGUUAGUACAUUUCACUAAAGACACUUUCAAUGCUUUGGCUUGUGCGCAAUAAAGAGAAAACUCGACUUGAAACAAAGACAGAGAAAGCCUCAUCUUGACUAAGACAGAGACAAACACACACUGACUCAAAAUUUAGUCAUAAACAAAUUAUAUUACUUUUAGAAACAAAGCUUAGUUUGAAUGUCAUUAAUUAUCGAGUCAAGGUCCAUUGGUUCUUCCUUUUUUCUCACAACUAUUUCAGGGCAUUCUGUUUCUUCUUGUUGAUCACCGAAAUCCUUCCAUUUGAGCCCAUUUGGUCCGUAGUAUAGAGCGUAUAAAAUACGGCUUUGCAGAUCGUCACCCUGGACAACCAAGUUCCAGAGCAGUGAGGUAAAUACUGGCCCAUGGCAUUUUUGCGAGCUCGGUAAUGUGCGCUUCCCGUAAUUUACCUAGCUUAAAGCCAAGAGCACUUCAGGUCAAUUUUUUUCCACCACUUGAUUGUUGUAAUACAUCCAAGCAUCAUCAUUAUCCAUCAUGAGGCAAGAAUGUUGGUUUUGAUGUGGGUGUUGAAUAGCACAGCCGUGGCAGCAAUUCAGUUUUGCUUAUUGAAUGACUUUGUCAAUCAAAGUCACAUAAGUCAGUUGGAACACAUAACUGAUAAAACUGGCUUUUCUACUUCAUCAAUCGUUACAGAGGUGUAGUGCUCGAUUCGACUUGCAUGUUUGGAACAUUGUUUUAAGAAAUAUUGGUGAUAGCAAGACUUUUUUUUAGCAAAGAAUUGCAAGAAAGAUAACGCUUUCGAAAUCUACCCACUUUUAUUUUGAAAAUAUAAUUGAUUCUACACGAGCCAAUCAGGGUUAAAAGAGACCGGGCAAGUUUAGGCAAGCCUAUUGUUCCUAUUUUGUAAGAGAGACGCUCAUUAGAUUUAGAGGAAGACACUUAUCAGUAUAGAGGAACCCACUUUUCCCUAGCUUAAAACAAUGGGUGAUGUCAUGGACUCAACCCUUAUGCAUAUCAAUGAUUUACCUCGACCUUACUCGACACCAACGGGGCUUAAUUUCAUCCCUCUCUCACUACUUAUCACGCUUUUUACAUAGCCUUUUUUGGCUACAUCUGAUCAAAAAAGAGUAAAAUUAAAGACAAUGAACAAGGCUGCAAGAAAUCAAGGAUUGAACAUUGAAGACUAAGGUCCACUAGACCUAAAUUCCAGUAAGGAAGGUACACUGUAACUGUUUUUGCAUUCUGAUUAAAUAAUUGGUGUCAAAUAAAUCAUCUUAUGCACCUAUCAAUGUCAUGCCGGCGGGGAGGAGAGUCAGGACAUGGGGUGGGGAUUUGAUUGUCUUUGUUGGCCCUGGGGUUGGGCAUUUGACUGAUCUUGUUCUCCCUGGGGAGGGGAUAUUUGAAUCUUUCUUCGCCCGACGUGGAGAUAUUUGACUGCCAACUCGGACGAAAACGACUGAGACCGAACAUAUCAUUCCCGCUUCCACGCUUCACGCAUGCGCCGUACGGUCUGGAAAGAUCUGGAAAUCACGGAGGCCAACGAGAACAAGCGAAAGCUGAGUGGAUUCCACUGUUUUGUCCUCAAAAUUCGUUUGUUUUAGCGUGUUUUUGAUCAAUUGAACCUCUCAACAUACUGUGGUAUCAAAGUAAACGGAAGUAAAGAGAAACCAAGUCGAUUCUUGCCAGUACAAAUGAUCAGUGUAUGGCUCAUUCGCUACAAUCAUUGUAUAAAGCUUGUAAAACUGACUUUCUUUGUACCCUUUACUAAGAAUGAUAUGUUUGAACUUACAAAAUGUGGACUUUCUCCUGAAAGGUUUCUGUAUUCUACGCAGUGUAACACGGAUUAUGGUUAAAACGUAUAAUUGCAGCUGUAACAGGAACAUGUAUCUUUGGUGAUGCAGCUUUUUUGGGUUCUGCCUUGGGAUACUUGAUAGCAAUGUGCAGCCCGGGGUGGGAAAAUUUGGUUACAUUUGACGGGAAUGAUUUGCCCGUGGGCAGUGAAUUUGACGGCAAAUUUUUGAAAAAUGUCAAAGCCCCACCCCAUGCCCCCUUCCCCUUGCCGGCUUUACACUGAUAGGUGCAUUAUUUAGGAACAUUCCACAACUCACCAAGCACUCUUCCUUGCACUGCAGAGAAGUUAUUGAAACUACUGUUUUAUUUAACGAUUAUUCCUCGAGCCCGAGUGGGCUCUGAGUCAAUAGCCCAUGAGGCCAAAGGCCGAAUGGGCUGUUGACUCAGAGGCCAUGAGGGCAAGAUGAAUAAUUGUUUUAGUAAAAUCUAACUAGUUGGUCAAAAAUAUAUAUAUUUUUGCCACCAAAAGCCGGCUCUUUUCGCUACAUAUAACCUAGUAGUAGCUCAGCCAAUCAGGACGAAGCAUUGAUUUUGUGACCAUUGCAAUGCAAGCCAACUAAACAUUUUUCUUCCAAAAAAAACUAGAACAUUCUUGGCUUUGUGAUUGUGUGAUUGGUAGGCAGCUUACGCCAUCGUUGAUCUAAAACGUGACCAUUAUUUAGCACGAGCUUGCAAGAGAUAAUGCCUUUUUCCUCCAAGAACAUCCAGUCCUAAGCAGGAACUGAAUUUCGGUCUUGCCAAUUUUUUUUUUAUUUUGUGUGGAGUUCGUGCUUGAUCGCAAAAAUGUAACCUUUGUGAAACCCCAGGAAUAGUAGUACAUAUAGUUGGUUUAGGAAGCUGUAAUCACCAACCCAUGUGCAAUUGUCUCCUAUUCCUCCUCUAAGUUCUUGACAUGUACUUUUAGUAGCUGCAAUUGCUGCUUGAGUUUGGUAUUCAAACAAAAAAUGAUGUCGCUGUUAACUCUCUGUUGCUUGUAAAUAGUCAGAGAUGCAAGACUCAUGUUCCUGCUUUGCGUGUAUGGUCGACUGAUGAACCUCACCCACAAGAGGAGGUUAGUUUAAACUUAACAGAUUCUGAACAUGAUACACUUCUUUCCUUGUUAUAAUAAUGCACUUCACUUGUCUGUUUGAUAUUACAAGGGAUUUUGUUGUAACUCAUGGUUUCCACGGUUUUUUGUUUUCAACUUUUUACCUGGACCAGUGAAUAUCCAUCAACUCUGCUGGUCAGGAUAGAAUGCCUUAAAUCAGAAGGUUUCCAAGUUUGAGAGUGAUUUGUUGAAAACUACGGAAAUAAAGAUAAAGCCACGCAAUGGCUAAUGCAAAUGUCAGUAAAAUUUUGACAUUUUGCGGAGACCGGCAUUCCUUUGCCCAUUUCUGACAUUUCACCCUCAAUCUUGAAAAGUUCGCUCAUCUUAAGGGUAUAUUUAAGCUACAUUCCAGCAGUGUUGAUUGAUAUUUACCAACUGGAUCACGUGAAAAGUAAGUUGAAAAAAGUGGAAUGGUCCACUGUGGCCUAGCUGAAAGCUUGCAUUAACUGCUGCUAAUAAUAAGUUAACUGUCAGUUUAUAAUCAGCCAACCUCGUAAAUGUACAAAAGGCAAAUAUUCAAAAUUUGGGUUUGCAGAAAACCGUAAAAAUGUAUAACGUAUGUAACUUUUAGUUGCACUACAUCACAAUUUUUUUCUGGAAUACCAUAACGUCAUUUUACAAAACUUGAAAUCUACAAAGUGCAGCUCUGUCUUUGAUUUCCGAUAGUUUAAUUAAUCUGAAAACAUCUUGUACCUUUUAACAGUACUUGGACUGUCUUUGGGAACAAAUCAAGAAACUAAAAACUGAUAACUGGCAGGUAAGAAACAGUUUUAACAAAAGUUUCUUUGUUGAAAACUUAAAUCUCCAUUAUACUGAAUGUUCUACCAGUAUGUGGAAUAGGUUAAGCAAUAACUAUAUAAAUCAAAACUAAAGUUCUGCAUUAAAUUAACCAUUAGGAACAUGAUUUAAAGCUGACAGAUGUUAGUGUGGUCAAAUUGGAGAAUUGCGUUGGUGUAGUUAUAGUUAUGUAAUAAACUUAACACAGGAAAAGGUUCAGACUGUUUCUGAAGUCUUUUAAACUGAACUGUUUUGAUCGUGUCCACCCCGUGUACAAGUUAAGGAGCGAGUUAGGGCUGAUACUUAUCCUCGCCUGGCGCAUCAACAACCUUGUCAACUCGAACUGCAACCCAGAUAAUCUCUCCUUUAGCUGGUCCCUCCCUCUGUCUUUGAAAUUUGUUUGCCUCUCCUGGGUUUGCUCUCUCUCACUAUUGUAGAACAUCAUAUGCGUUAUGCCCUUGUUAUACUCAGACUUUGCCUCACAUCACAUUGUGAAGUUUCUAGCCUAUCUCGAAAAUCACUGACAAACUAAGUAGUUGUUACUUUCGUUGUCUUCGGCUCGGACCAUCAUCACAACUCUUCCAUGGGCAGCCGCUUUUCCCUUUCCAAAUAUAAGCUCAAAAAAGGUGGACCCCCAUGGAGGAGUGGGCACUCGUCUUCCUGACUCGGUUGAUUUUCAUCAACUCUAGCCUUCAUUAAGGUCUUCUCUAAGGUCUUGUGGAGAUUCUCAGUCUGUCCUUGCCUCUGGGUAGUACGCACUUGACCACAUUUUGUUGAUCUCCAGGAUGUGAACAUUUCCUGGAACACCUGGGGAUUCAAAGAUUCUUCCGUUUCACUCUGGUAUGCUGUCUGGUACAUCUUAAUUUAUCACCAACAUCCUUGCCCAAGUCUUAGCACGUUGAUUGCGAAUUGCAAAAUGCCUGAGCCCACUUUGUUUAACUGCACUGCAUAGGAAGAAUGUUGCUGUUUCCCCCUUCAGACUAUGUGAAGGUAGUAAUAAUAUCAUUAUGGUUCUGCUCUGUGUAUGGUUCCCAGAUAGUAUUGGAUGUGAUGGUUCCUUUGGUUAUACGAAUCCAGACCUUGAGCUUGAGCCACAUUCAUAGGUGACCAAAGAUCAUAAGCUGCAUUUUCACUUGCCGCAGUUCAUUUUCUGUUAUAUUUUCCCGCAUAAUUUGUUUUAUUUCGAGCAUUUGGCUUUAAAAGUUUGGAGAGUCAACAUCUGCGAGAAUUUUUUCCUUGAAGCCAAGAAAGUGUUACUGAACAUUAUGUCAACAGAGAAAAGAAAAAUCUAAUGGAGAUCCACUUUCAACACACUAUUUUAUCUAGGCGAUUUUACAAAACUAUAAUCGUCUUAUGACCUUUUCAGUUGUACGCCACACGAUAUUGGAAAUAAUGUUCUCUUGAAUGCUGAAUGGGUGAAUACCUUAAUGCUCUGGAAAGACAGGAGGAAAGUUCGGUGAUGCGGAGGCACUCCUACGAAAGGCAAGAGGGAAACGUUCCGGAGUUUGUAAUGAAUGUAACGGGAACACUUCGUGAUUAUGCUAUCUGUUAAGACAGGUCACAGAGUCAGUUCUUAUUAAUUAGAUUGAGGAAGGUCAGCUGAUCAACUCCAAAGGUGAAUGGAACUAUGUCCGCAUACCAAGAACUGUUGUAACCCUAUAACCUGAUUACGGAGGAUUGUUUUUAUUUUUUGUUACCUUUUGUUAUUGGCAGUCUCUAAUAGCAAUGCUAUUGUUUUUGGUUCAAAAUCUGAAGUUUCAGGUGUUCUAGCGUUGGAUGCUGGGAGUGACAUAUAAAGCAGUAGUUUAAAUGUUACGGUUUAUAAAUAGCGGAUGAUUGUUGUCAAUUAUUUUCAAUCUGUUAGAGGACAGUUGGGAGUGUAUAUGCGAGUCAUGAACACAACAUGUGAGCCAGAAUUAGAGAACCAAAUACUCAGAUAGAGUCGCACCAAACUGCAUUUUAAAAAAGGCUUAUUACUUGGGCGGAGCACCAAGUAUUCGCGACGGUCAGGCAUGUCCCAAAGUUGCUUCCUAAUGUCCCGAAGUGAGAACGGAAUUAGUUCGAGAUAUCUCGAGAUCACUUCGAGUCCUUUUUCGCCUACAAUAAAUACGUUAUUUUAGUAUAUACUAAAACAGUGGAUAGUGUUUUUCUCGCGCUCUGAUUGGAUACUCAAAGUCGGGAUAUCCAGUGCUAUUCACUGAUUCACCUCCAGCUCCUCCGAGCGACCGAUGCCAAACUCGCGUAAGUUACGAGCAAAGUGGCUUCCCGGUUUUCUGCCUUAACAAACCAAGAAAUUUCGGAAAUAAUCAAACAAGCUGUUCCCGAAAUACACGAAGAAGGUGACUAAGUUCGGUUUAGAAGCUUUAACAGGUAAAGCUUUGUCUGUUUGACUUGAAUUUAUCGAUGAAACCGGUGAAAAAGUUUUUCGUUUACACAUGGAAAUUAAGUCUUGCGUUACUUUAUUUAGCGGACAUGUUCAUAAACAAGCUUAAAACUAAAUUUAAUAGUUGUUUACAGAAUGGUUUCAAAUACAAAGAGAAUUCAUAACUCCUUUUCAAGAAAUUUCCUACAAUACUAAUAGCUAACCAAUUGCCUUCAAGAGUUUCAUUUGUCGGCAAGAAAACGCGACGGCCGUUCGGUCAUUUGCGCGCCAAAAUUGUAAUCGUUGGCAGCAGUAAAUUUGUUAAAAAUCAUCAUUUUUGUGCUCAAUUAUCUCACAGUUUUCUUAAACAAUUAUUCACCUCAGUGUCGGUGGCUAGUGGUGGAUAUUGACAUCGCCGCUUCGCGGCACGGUUACAUCACCGCUAGCCACCUCCACUUCAGUGAAUAAUUGUUUUUUUGUUGUUGUUGUUGUUUUUUUUAUACAACAACAGUGAAUAAUUGUUAUCUAUUCACUGAUUCACCUCCAGUUCCUCCGACCGAACGAUGCCAAGCUCGCGUAAGUUACGAGCAAUAUGUUUUCCCGGUUUUCUGCCUUAAAAAAUUAUCAAACAAGCUGUUCCCGAAAUACACGAAGAAGGUGGCGAAGUCCGGUUUAGAAGCUUUAACAGGUAAAGCUUUGUCUGUUUGACUUGAAUUUGUCGAUGAAGCCGGUGAAAAAGUUUUUCGUUUACACAUGGAAAUUAAGUCUUGCGUCACUUUAUUUAGCUGACAUUUUCAUAGAUAAGCUUAACACUAAAUUUAAUUUUACUGAAUGGUUUCAAAUACAAAAAGAAUUCACAGCUCCUUUUGAAGAAAUUUCCCAGCAAGAGCUAAGCAAAUGCCUGCAAAAGUUUUAUUUGUCGGCAAGAAAACGCAAUGACCGUUCGCUCAUUGCGCUCCAAAAUUGUAAGCAACAGUGAAUGAGUUAAAAAUCAUAAUGUUUGUGCUCAAUUAUCUCACUGUUUUAGUAUGUACUAAAGGAAUUAUUUUUUUCAAUAAAUAUCCACCGCUAGCCACCUCCACUUCGGUGAAUAAUUGUUAAUCAUGGCGGAGUUUAUAAUCUCGUCGGAAGCUUUUUUUUCUAUAUCUCUUCUUUUCUGUCUUUUUUUCUUUCCUUUUGUUUUUUUUAUUUAGUUAUUGUAGUUUUGUUUUGUUUCUUUGCAUAGAGUAAGUUUCUUAAAUUUAUAAAAUUUCUUCCCUAUUGCCUUAUGUCCCUUUCUUCCUACUUCUUGCCGUUCCCCCGCAGUGCUACGCGAGGUCUUGCGAUUCACGUAUUUCUAGUUUAUUCGAAGAAGAAAUAAUAAUUGUUUUUGGCUUCCCGGGGUUUGAACCUACUCACCUGCGACCGUCAGGUCAGAUGUGACCAUAAGUUGAGGGAUUAGACGAUUGUUUGUUAGUGAAAGGCUACCUUCUGGGGCUCAUUUCACUAUACCUCCAAUUACAGCUGAUAUGGUGAAGGCAUACUUACCAAAAAUUCCAGGCAAUAAAGCAACUGGAAUUGAUGUAAUCAGCUGUGCUCUUCUGCGCCUAGGCAUCACAGAACUUGCUCCGUCAAUAGCAAAGCUUGUAAACCUGUCGCUUUCAACAGAACCUUUUCCUUGUCGUUGGAAACAAGCCAGAGUGUCUGCAGUCUCCAAAGCUGGUAAUAUGGAUGAUGUAAACAACUAUAGGCCCAUUUCCGUGCUUCCGGUGCUAUCAAGAAUCAUUUGGCAGUAUGUGCAUAACCAUCUGUCAGAAUAUCUAACUGCGCAUGAUCUUACCUAUAGGAAUCAGUCUGGGUUCAGGAAACUGCACAGCAAGAGAUGGCGAUCGCAUAUAAAGUUGAUACUCUGUUAUUUAAUCUAGACAAAAACAAGAUUAACGGUAUGGUUCCUAUUAAUUACAAGAAGGCCUUUGACAUGGUGAUCAUGUGACUUUGCUACGCCAGCUUGAAGCCUUCAAUCUUGAUAAAAACGCUCUACCCUGGUUCAAAUUAUAUUUAACCGAUCGUACUCAAUUGGUUUCAUUCAUGGGUCAGUUAUCCUCCGUUCGGACCGUUACAGCUGGCGUGCCGCAGGGUUCCGUAUUGGGUGCCUUGCUUUUUGUUAUGUUUAUCAAUGAUCUACCCUUACAUGCACAUACUCAGGUCGACAUAUUUGCUGUUGACACCACUCUUUUAGCGAUUUCUGAUUUUGCUAAUGUAGAAGACCUUGAGAACACUCUCUCCCGAGAGGUCUCCAACGUCGAUGAGUGAGCAACAAAACAGCAAACUGCCACUUAAUUGUUUUAAAACCAAGACGAUUCUAGUUGAUGGUAAACGCCUGGGAAAACGUUUAAAUAACGGAGAUCGCAAGCUUGAGAAACAGCUUAAAGGGUGCAAUUUAGAACAGGCCACAAAUGUUAAGCUACUGGGCCUUGUUAUUGAUGAACAACUUAGUUUUGAUAUGCAUAUUAGCUGUGGUCACACUACAGACUUUUACCUAGGUAAAACCGAUUUACCUAGGGCAAAUUCAUCAAAAUUCUGCCUAGGUAAAUUUAUCUCGGGUUUUGUUUUACCUAGGUGAAAAAUUCUGAGAAGGUCACACUACUGAUAUCGGCUCCCAAGGUUUUCACGCCAGUUGAAUUUUUUGGAGCGUAAAUUCAAGGGGGCAAAAUGCGUUGGAAUCUAGCCGAUCAAAGAGACGUUUUUUUCUUUUAUCUCGCUGUUAUUUCUUACGCUAAUUCAACGUGCAAGGUGAAGAAAGGCGAAGAGGUAGACGACUCGUGCUCCGGUUCUGACACCAAGACCUUCGCCGAUGAGCGUCUAUUGGCUAGCAGCCUCGAUAUUUCAUUUUUCCCUAGCUAUUGCUUUGGGGUAGCUGUGAAGGGAAAAUCUAUUGUUUUCGAGACAUAUCCAAGACCCAGACGAUAAAAUUUCCCCGAGGUAAGUUACCUAGGGAAAAAUCGGUCACACUUAAAAAAUCAAGUUUCCCUAGGUAAACAAUCAACAAGUCGUGUUUACCUAGGUAAAAAGUCUGUAGUGUGACCACAGCUAUUGACUGUUUAUGUAAAAAAAGGUAUUAAAGCGUAUCGGCAUACUUGAUAGAAUUAAGGGUUACUUAUCAAGAUCAGAGCUAUACUUAAUUAUAAUUCUUUAAUUUAAUCGAGCCAUUAAUAUUAUAUUAUAGCAUAACUUGGAUAAGCUGUUGCAGCCAAGAUAAUAUUGAUAAGAUUUUCAAGCUGCAAAAAUGCUGUGCGCGUAUUAUUCUGGACGCCCAAAAACAGCAUAGUAGCGUAGAUCUGUUUAAUACCUCAGGAUGCGUGCCAUAUUACGUUGAGUCUGAUAUUAAAAGAUGCUUGAUAGCCUACAAAAGAAUUAGUGGUGCUUACCCUGAUUACAUAAGUGAACUAUUAGAACUAAACAGCAGCCAGCAUAGUAGAAAUACACGAGGUGCCAAUCUUAACAUAUUGCCUAGAAGAUACAAUAGAGCGAAGGAGGGUGGUCGCAGAUUCUCUGUGACAAAUU